CAUAAUAUCAUGGGAAAAUAAUUAUUUCUGCAUAUGGUUAACUUCUUGAGAACUAAUUUUUUUACUGAAACUUUCUUCUGGUUUAGCCACUAAAAACUCAACCGUGGAAUUAAAAAUGCGUAUGUGGAAAAAAAAUUAUUCUUUUAUAACUUUAACUUUGAAUUUGUUGUUUAGAUAUUUUAUUAAAAAACUUUUUUGACUUCCAACAUGGUUACUUGACUGAUAUUUAUUGCUACAUAGAAUGACGCUGGGAGGCCAGUGUGGUUGACAUGAAUAGUCCUCGUGACACCUUCUUAUCCGACAAUGAGCACAUGCCACAUACUAGUUCUGUUGAUUUACAAAAUGCUGACACCUCUGCACAUUCAGAUUUUAAUUCUAAUGAUCUCAAACUAAUCGAUCACAGCACACCUACACCGCUAGAAGAUGAUGAAGUUUUUCAGGUUAUUAAAAUUGCAGACAAACCAGAUGAAAAUGAGAACAUCGAAGUUGAACACUUUACAGGAAAAACAGUUGAUUCUCGUCUUGUGAUUGUCUCAUGGAAAAUUCGCCAGUUCUCAUUGUUAAAUAGAGCUUUAAAGCCUGGUGUGAUUAUUUUCCAAUACAAAGCUGAUGCGAGUCUACAGUCUAUAUUGACAGAUGUCAAAGAGUUGCUAAAGGGAGAGAAAUGUGUUAGCUUAGCAUUUAUAUGUCAUGGAAAUCCAGGCAGUUUAACUAUCUGCAAAGAGCAGAUCCUGUCAUACCACAAUAUUGAUGAUACUACAAUAAAAGAUUUCUUUAAUAAUCUCAUCAGUACCGUGAUUGAACGUUCAAAUCCUAAUGCUCACUUAGAUCUCUUGUCCACCUCACUUGUUUUGUCAGGAGAUGGGCAGUUUGUAGUACAAGCAUUGCAGGAUUACAUUCAGAUUCCUGUCAUUGCAAGUAAAGAUAUCUUGGGUUCUGACAUAAAAAGAAAUGACAUAAACUUAAGUAAUGUUGGAGAAUUGUAUUUUAAUGCCAACCUUCUGAGAACUUGGUCUGGCUCAGGUAGUCAAUCAAUCAGUAACUAUGAAAAAAUUAGAACUAUUGGCAGAGGUGCAUAUGGUACGGCUGUGCUAUACAGAAAAAAGGACGACGAUUCUUUAGUUGUUUUGAAAGAGAUAACAAUAAUUGAUUUAAAUGCCACUGAACGUCAAGCUGCAAUGAAUGAGGUAAAAGUUUUAAGUAUGUUGAGUCAUCCGAACAUUGUAAGUUAUUAUGACAGUUUUGAUGAAGACGGCAUUCUAUGGAUUGAAAUGGAAUAUGCUGAUGGCGGUACACUACACGAGUUUCUGGCAAAACAAGAAAGUGACUUGGAAGAAAAAGAGAUAUUGAUCAUGUUCUCGCAGAUGGUGUCUGCUCUGAAGUAUUGCCAUGACAACAACAUACUACACAGGGAUUUGAAAACCCAGAACAUAUUUUUAACGCAAGAAGCGAAAGUAAAAUUGGGAGAUUUUGGCAUUGCAAAAAUAAUGACAACUCAUAAUGCUGGUAAUUUUACAGUUGUUGGCACACCAUACUACAUCUCUCCUGAAAUGUGUGAGGGAAAGCCUUAUGAUAGCAAAAGCGAUAUUUGGGCUUUAGGCUGUAUAUUAUACGAAAUGGCAAACUUGACAAGAACAUUCGAUGGAACCAACUUGCCAGCCCUGAUUACUAAAAUUGUGAAGGGUACUUUUGCACCUAUCAAAGAAACUUAUACCCCAGAAUUUCGCCUUUUGGUUCGAGAUUUGCUUCAGAAAGAUCCAACAGCAAGACCUAAUACUGAAGAAAUCUUGUUUAACAGACUUGCCGAGUUAUUGCAACGUUAUGAUGACUGUGAUGAGAAGUCAGACAGUCAACCGCCAGUAAACUAUGGCAGAACAAGAUCCUUGCUUUAUUAUUGUGAUGUUAGUGCUAUGCAGUUGUACCCAAUUUUUGAUUUACCAGUCAAAAUACAAAUUGCAGAGGUUUCAAUUGGCUUAGGACAUAUUGUUGGAGUUAGCAUUGAACGUGGUAUAUACACCUGGGGAGAUAACAGUUAUGGCCAACUAGGCCAUGGUGAUCUUGAACCAAGAGAAAAUGCUACUGAGGUGGUUUUACUCAGAGGAAAAUCUGUUGUUAGGUCGUCCUGUGGAGAUUACUUCUCUACAUUUUUGAGUGAUAAUGGACUAGUGUUAACAUGUGGUCAGGGUGAAUAUGGAUGUUUGGGACAUGGAGAUUGGAACACACUUACUCGACCAAAACUUGUUGACGAGUUACUUACCCUCGAUAUUGUGUCAUUGACCACUGGUUCAUACCAUCUUGCAGUUACUACAGCUGAGGGUGAAGUGUACACAUGGGGUUGUGGUGAAGAUGGACGACUGGGACAUGGGAAUGAAGAGAACUAUUCAGUUCCAACUAAAGUGAAAUUCGUCACAGAGCAUGUUUUUAUUAAAGUUGCACAUUGUUCAAGUGAUGGUACUGUGUUCAUCGCUGAUACAGGCUCAAUGUUUGCAUGUGGAAGAAAUCAAGGCAAUAAGCUUGGUUUAAAUCCGCGCCAAGGUUUUCUUUUUCAGUUCAGGUCAAGAUCUAGUAAAAACACAGUGGAGCAUGUAAAGGUCCCUACACUCAUUAAAGAUUUGUGCAAGUAUCAAAUUUCAGAUAUACAAUUUGGUGCAACGCAUAUUGCUAUGAUUAACGAGCAAGGUCGCUUGUAUACAAAUGGCAGCAACACAGAAGGUCAGUUGGCGUGUGGCAACACAAAACCAAGAGAAACAAUUUCAGUUGUGAAAGGUUUUGAAGAUGGUGUAUCUACUAUUGCAUGCGGCUCCACCUUCUCACUUGCUGGUGUGCAAGAAACGAUUGGCCAGAAUACGGUCAAUUCGGUCUAUUUUUGGGGUACAAAACCAAGCUUAAAGAGAAGUAGAACAGUUUCUUCAAGUGAUUCGUUUAACAUUAGUAGGUCUGGCAAGCAUAGAAAAGUAUCAAUGGCUGUUGAAGACGACAGCAGUUCAAUCAGCGAUGUUGAAGCUGGCUCUUCACGUAAUGACUCUGACUCUUCAUUUGUUGUGUCAUCGAGGAAAACGAGCACUGUAGACUCAGCUCGGAGAUCAGCUGAAAGACGGUCAGCUGGUAGCGAGUCAUCCCGUGCACGAGCAAGGACUAUUUUUGACGAGAUUGGUGACGUGGAAGAAAAUGAAACUCGUAGAAUGUAUCUCAAGAAUUUGUUCAAAGGUUCCAACAUGCAAACAUUAAAUUUAGUGUCGAAAGAAAAUGUCCCCGUGGUUACUCCACAGUUGGCAUUCAAGUUUAAAUCUAUUGGUGGCAUAGAGGGUUACAGUGAGAAUGAAGAAUUCCCUGUUGUUCUGCAAGAAAUCAAAUGUUUCAACGAUCACGUUGUUAUCCACUUGGAAACGACAGCUCCACCGCCUAAGAAAAAGAAGUCACUACGUCAGAAGAGUUUCGAUAGCUCUUAUUCAAGUGCAAACAGUAAUGCAAAAGAGGAAAGUUCUGAAAAUUCAGAAAUGGAAACAUCUGGAGAAAUUCCGACGUGGAUUAAAAAUGAACUCGAGGAAGGCAUCGUGGUUUCUGAUGGAAGCAGUAAGAUAAAAGUUGAGAAACAACCUGUGUAUGUUGACAGCGGUCACGCUAGUGAUGACGAAGAAAAUGACGAGGUUGAUGUUGAAAUGAAGUUCCAGCCGGUUCGAAGUCGAUCAUUUGAUUCUAUGUCUCGUCGCAGCAGUGUCAAUGCUCAAAGUAGGGAUCCAAACUUUAAUAUUGUACCGAAAUUGAAAAAGAUGGGUUCGUUGCUUAAAAUACAGGAGGAAGCGUCAACUGAAACGAAAAUAAUCGACGGGGUUGCCAUCACGUCAUCCAUUGCUGAAGUGGACAGCCCACGUGUUGCUGACAACGACGAAAAUAAUAAUUUGGAUCCAUUGUCAGUAACCCAAGUGUUUCCUCUCCCAACGAGCUCAGUGUCACCGGAUUUGAAGAGAAAACCGAAUGCUCAAGUGAGUGCAAGAAGCUCAGAUGAAGUUGAAUACACUACUGUUAAGAAAAUUAACCUGAAAAAUCCGAAUUCAGCUGAAGCAGAAAGGAAAAAAAUACCUAAAGAGAAACCGGUCCAAAGUAAAGCAAGAUUAAAAAGAACACAACAGAUCAGAACGAACAACGCGUACGUACAUAAAACACUAUACAGGCCCCAGGACAGAAAUAUUAAAGAGAAAAGAGUACAGCAAGAAAGAGUUUCAUCAGCGAGUGACGCUGAUGAUCGAAAAGAUAAAAAGAGAGUAAAACCAAUGUCGAAAAAAGAAGACGAGGAAAAGAAACUCAUUGAAGAGAUUCAAAGGCAGGCGAAAGUAUCUGAAGAGAAACUGAGAGAAGAGAUACAAAAAAUACAGGAAGAAAAAGAAGAGCGAGAAGUAGCGUUGAAGAAAAUGCACGACCUUCAACUUCAACAACGUGAAGAGUUGAAUAAAAAGCAGGAACAAGAAGCAAAGAAAAGAGAGCAAAUAUUGAAGAAUGAAAUUCACGAACUGAAAAGUGAUCUGAAUAACCAAAACAGUAAACUUCAAGAUAACUACAACAUUUUGCUGUCGUUGCAAGAGCAGUUACUACGUAUGCAACAGAGUCAAAUAAAACCUUCACCAUUAGAAAAGCAGCAUGUGCAACCAUUAAAAGAAAAUCCGAAAGAAGCUUCCCACAAGUCACCAAAAAGCUCAGUAUGUCUAAUCAUGUAGAUGGCGAAAAAACGCAAUAUCAGAAUGGGUGACACGUGUGGGUGCUUAUAUGGUGCGCAUAAAAACUCGGUGUGAAUGACAAUGUAGUACACAUAAACAUUAGAACCCAGCAGAUACGCAUUUUGCUUUUCAGUUUUUGAAGGAAGCUAUCUAUAUUUGAAAGAAAAGCAGAGAAACUAUGAACGCAGAACAAAUGAAGAAGUCAAACUGAUUAUCAGAAUGGGAUGUCACAUAUGUCGUCUCUUCUUUGCAGAGUUUUUUAUAUACGUUUUUCAAUAUUUAUUACAAAAUGAUACAUACAUUUUUACACAAUAUGUGCAAGAUUUUUAGGUUAACAUAUUCUAAUAUAUAUUUCGUGCACCGUCAAUUUAUUUUCGGUGUUUUUAGCUUCGGGUUUUAAAUAGUAGACAUGUGUUUUCGACAACACAUCGGAUAGUUUAUUCAUUUUUACAAAUACAGAUAAAAAACAGUUUCUUGAGCAACUCGCUUUAGAAGCUCGUUUUUCACUGGCCCUUAUUUAACACGUGGUUAAGCAUCAAAAAAUCCAAUUAUCACUUAUAUCUAAAAACAAAAACACGAUUUAACGCUGGAAAGGACGACUUAUUUUAAGUUGUUCUGUUUUGAGGCUUGGCUUAUUUUGGUAUUUUUUUUAAAUGAAAUUUACCGUGUUCUGUUCUUUUAUGUAUAUUAUAUAUAAUAUAAAUAAACUCAGCAAUUAUUUAUUAGUGAGGCUUUUUAUUAUCGAUGUAAAUUUUGUUUAUUUUUAAAACGUUAUAUGUCAGGUGUGAUUUUUCUGUAUGAAUAUAAAAGUGUCCGAAAACUCUCAGUUUUGUGAGACAAGGAAAAGUCGAGGUUUUGUUUCAGGUAAUCGAGAAUGAAUUAUGUUAAUCGUUACACCGAGGUAGAAGUCUAAAGAAUUUGUCAAUAAAAACUUUUCAUCUUGACAGAGUCCCGCGUUGUGGCAUGUAAAUAUGUGGAAGAUUUAUUGUGCAUUGUAAAUAAUAAAUAACGUAAACAAACAAACAAUCAAA